UCGGAGAUCAUGUCUGAACCUGAUGAGGUGUAUGAAAAUGUGCAGGUAAACCACAACGGGUCAAAGGUCACAUCAGGCGGCUGUAGCCUAAAGAAAGUGGUGGUUUUUGGUGUGAUCCUGGCAGUGCCUUUCUUCGCUCUCGGCCUUGUCUGUAAUGACAACAUGCAGACCAAGAAACAGCUCCAAAUGAUGACAGCCAAGCACGACGCUCUGAAGAGGAAUCUGACCGACACACUUUCUCAGCCAAAAUCAUGCGAUGUGGUGCAACCUUCCUGUCGACCACCUACUGAAGGUGGAACAUGUUUCAAAUGUGAUCCUGACUGGGAGCCUCACAGAAAUAAGUGCUACAGAUUCCUCACUGAAAAGUUAAACUGGGAUCAGAGCAGGAGCAGGUGUGAAAAACUGGGUGGACAACUGGUGAAGAUCGACAGCAAAGAUGAACAGCGCUUCUUGGAGUGGACACUUAGAGAUAAAAUGGAUGAGGCUGAAGACAAGUUCUGGAUUGGACUGACAGAUCAAGAGACAGAGGAUGAAUGGUUGUGGGUGGAUGGCUCAAGGCUGGACAAAAGUUUAGCAUUUUGGAGUGGCAAAGAACCUGAUAACUGGAAAGGGACCAAUUCUGAUGGAGAAGACUGUGCAACAAUGGGGGAGAAAGGAGGUGCUGCAGGUCUGAAGAGUUGGUUUGAUCGAGACUGCAAUAAGCUUCAAAAAAGUAUUUGUGAGAAAUCAGCAUCAACUGGAAGAGUUAAGUUUAAUUGUGAGUGAAACCCACUUCAGUUUGACUACUGUGCCUGUUUAACAAACUGGAGGUUUUCCCCAAAACUCAGCCCUUUACAAAUGUCUUAC